GUAUAUUGUCCAGCGCAAUGUUCGAAGCAUACGUUUCUUAAAGUUUUGGGUUGUUGCGUAAUCAUGCUAGUGGUGCAGACAUUUUGAAAUCAUAUCCUUGAUCUGAUCGUGUAUUUUAUGGGUGUAAAUGGGCAUUUUGUUGAUGAAUAAUAACAAAUGGUAAAAUUAGGUAAGAGGAGCUGGAAGACGCACUUGUUGAAACCAUUAUCAUGGACUCCAAAUAGUAAAGCAAAACAAGCAAAUACCUGCUGGGUGCAACUGUCUGGUCAUCAAGGUAGCCUAAUAUCUAAUGGUAAAGGAAGCGUUUUAAAACGUUAUUGCCAAAGUGAAGCCCAAUGUUUACUACAACUCCAGCUAGAUAUACUCAGAUCAUUUGUCCCUAAAUAUCAAGGCGAAAAGCUGCUCGAUGGUGAACGUUACGUAAAAAUGCAGGAUUUGCUGUACAAUUUUAAAUCACCAUCAGUAAUGGACUGCAAGAUUGGACAACGUACUUUUUCAGAAAGUGACGUCAUUAGAGACUCUUCAGAAAAUAUUCGAAACGAUCUCUACUUGAAAAUGAUGUCUACUUCGCCUAAUGCACCGACUGAAAAAGAACAUCGUGAAAAAGGUGUUUCGAAAGUACGCUAUUUGCAGUGGCGUGAUACAAUUAGCUCAACGGCUGAGUAUGGUUUUCGCAUUGAAGCAAUCAAGACUUUUGGUGAAUCCACUCGAAAAGAUUUUCAACACACUCAUACAUGGAAUGAAAUAAUAAAUCACUUUAAAUUAUUCAUACAACACCGUAAAAUAAUUGCUCAAAACUAUUUAAUCCGAUUAUUGAAGUUGAGAACUAUAUUGGAAGUUUCCGAUUUCUUUGCCAAACAUGAGCGAGUUGGUUUUCUACGGCAUGGGGUCGCUAACCCCAUAUCCAACCUUCCUUCUUUACAUGGACUUGGGACCGUCAGUAAAUCUAGAACACCUACAGGUGGAGUUACAUUUAAUAAUGAAAGCAAUGCAGGAAAAAAUUAGAAAUAACAUAAGUGUGCAUUCAAUUGACGAAUCUCAAUCAGGAUGGGAAGUGUGUAAAGUAUUGCACUACUGGCCAUCAUUCAAAUCUGCCCAUAAUUACUUUAAGGACGUUCAAAUUUAGCUUCUGAUUCAAGGUUAGUCAGAUUAAAUAAAUAUAUACAAUAAUAAGUUUAAAAUCAGCAUGAUACAUGUAUGAUACGUAAACGUCACAGACGUUUCAGCAACCCACGUAGAUAUUAAACUGAAUUAGCGUCAUUAUCAAGAUAAUGAAUUAUAAAACAACAAUCUUCGGAACUGUAUAUUAUCUCUAGAAUAAUCAAUUAUUACCAACGUCUUGGGGUUGAAUGAACAAAAAAGUGGAACUGUGCUAACAACUUGAUUAUUUUCAGUUAUUACACUUCAAGUAGUAGAAUUCUAGGUAAACUUUAAUAUAUUGGGAAAAUAAAUUUCAAAACCUGACGUAAAGAGUUUUAACUCAAUGAUUUUUACUGAUAUUUUGUCUGCUACAAGUUCUGGAGAUUAUAAGUAUAUUAAAUUCUAUAGUCACUUAUUCUUAUUAUUUCCUUGAUUUAAAUCUUUCUUCAGAUGAUAUUACUUAUCCUCAUUCAUUUUUCAGAACAAUCACUAUACGUUAUUUUACAUAUUUAGUUUGGUCAACUCAAUCAACUUGUAAACAGUUGUAAGCAUUUUAAUUGGUUCAUAGAUAAAAGAUAAUGAUUAACAAUGAUCAUUGAGAUGAUUUAAAUCAUAACACUAUUUAAGAAAAUUACAAAAUACUCUCUCUACAUCCGAAUAAAUACUUCGGCACUACAUGUGAUGCCAGUUCGUGAUAAAAACCCUAAAUCUAAUUCCUAACCUUAACUAUCAACUGUAAAUAUUAAUCAUAAUUCCUCACAUUGGUUUAUAACGCUGAUUUGACCGUAGUAUGUACAUGGACAUUCUCGAGCUGUUUUUAGCGUUGCUCAAAGGUUGUCCAUAAAUUAUAGUUUCACUAAUACUUCAAUAUUCUUAUUAAAAAAACAGAAAUAUGUUAUUAUCAGAAUGGGUUUUGUGGAGAGUUUUAGAAAUUUCACAGGUUGAAAUCAUGAGUCAGUUGAAGCUAGACCACCAUUGAAAACCUGGAUGCGCACUGCUGAGGAGUCCCACACCAGGACGAAACGGC